GGGAGACGCGGGCAGCAAGGUACGGACGGGGCUGGGACCGCGGUCAGGCCCUGCUGGCCCGCGCCUUGUCUGGAUCGUCGUCGCCCGGGCGGGACAUCAUGUCACAGGAAGAGUGAGCUCUUGCCCUUUUUACCAUGGAUGACUCGGGAAAGACCUUUGGAUCAGAGGAGGAAGAAGCAAACUAUUGGAGAGACCUGGCCAUGACCUACAAGCAGAGGGCCGAGAAUACACAGGAGGAGCUCCGAGAAUUCCAGGAAGGAAGCCGGGAAUAUGAAGCUGAAUUGGAGACUCAGCUGCAGCAAACUGAGACCAGGAACCGGGACCUCCUGUCAGAGAAUAACCGUCUUCGAAUGGAGUUGGAGACUGUGAGGGAGAAGUUUGAAAUGCAACAUUCAGAAGGCUACCGGCAGAUCUCAGCCUUGGAGGAUGAUCUGGCUCAGACGAAAGCCAUUAAAGAUCAAUUGCAGAAAUAUAUCCGGGAAUUGGAACAAGCCAAUGAUGACCUGGAGAGAGCCAAACGAGCCACAAUCAUGUCUCUGGAAGACUUUGAGCAGCGCUUGAAUCAAGCAAUCGAAAGAAAUGCCUUCCUGGAGAGUGAGCUGGACGAGAAGGAAAAUCUUCUAGAAUCUGUGCAGAGGUUGAAGGAUGAAGCAAGAGAUCUGCGGCAGGAAUUGGCUGUGCAGCAGAAGCAAGACAAGCCCCGGACACCCUUGCCAGGCUCUGGGGAAACCGAGAGGACAGACAUGGCUGUGCAGGCUACAGGCUCUAUGCCAUCCACUCCCAUAGCUCACCGAGGACCCAGCUCUGGUUUAAACACACCAGGAAUAUUCAGACGUGGUCUGGACAGCUCUAAUAGUGGGACCCCACUCACACCUGCAGCGCGAAUAUCAGCCCUAAACAUCGUUGGGGACCUGCUUCGGAAAGUUGGGGCGCUGGAGUCCAAACUAGCAUCGUGCAGGAACUUUGUGUGUGAUCCGUCCCCAGGCUGGGCGAGUGGACCAGCCUCAGGGCAAGGAACCAAAGGCCGAGAUGGUGGUGACAGACGGCCGAGCAGCACCAGUGUCGGAGAUAAAGGGAGAGAAAACUGAGACCCUGUGAGACUUGUCACUGCUCUUGACAUUCACUCUUAGAACCCUGGGGUCCCUGUGCUAGCCAUGGCAAACUCCUGUCACGUCUAUUAAAUGUGUGUGCUCUGUCUGAAGGUCAGGAAAACGCUUGGAGUUUGGGGAGCCAGCCUCACAGCUCUCGUCACCGGCACCACCGUCCACCCAGGGUGUGGUCAAGCUUUUGCUUUAGGACCAAUGGGAGCUGCGCCCUCACCUGUCUUACCCUCUUUAUAUUUAGCUUUUGGUUGUUGUGCUGUGCAGCCCGAGCUGACUAAGACUGUUGGCUGUCGACACAGCAUCAUUCCUGUAAUGUGGCCCAGCCCCUGGCAGUAUGCAACAUAGAAACGAGCCGGUUCCCCACCCCACCGCCUUCCAGCUCUAAGGUUUGGAUGAUGGGGCCACUAUGUCAUUGGCUACCUAGAGUUUUAAUGGCCUCCAGAGGUGUUUUGCAUAUGCCUAAUCUUCAGGGGGAACUAGAGCCCAGCUCAGGAGCUCUCCCGCAGCCUACUUCCAGCUGAAGCUGUCUUUUGGAACAUUCUGCCAGUGCUUUACAACAUGAUUAAAUUGUGUCUAGAACUGGGAGAUUACAUAAGCAUGGGGCUGUUUUAAACUAUGACCUUUACUUUUUUCUUUUUUGAGAUGGGGUUUCUGACUGUCCUGGAACUCACUAAGUAGAGCAGGCUGGCCUUGAACUCAGAGACCUGCCUGCCUCUGCCUCUCAAGUACGCACCACCACUGCCCAGCUCUUUGACACUUCUAUCUGCUUCAUGAAGAUUUUCAGAGGUGUGUCUGACUCCUCUGGUCAGUGGGAGAUUAUUCUCUGUAGAUAAACCCAGCUUCCCAUCUCUCCUGAGUCUCUUGCCUUGAUGUUGGGGCGACUUCUGCAUCAUGACCAUGAACAACUUGGAGUUGGACUGGGCUUUGUCAUGCCAUCCCUAAGAAAAGACUUCAUCAUUCUAUGUCUAGAGAUAACAAGGGUGACUAAAACAUCAGAUUGAGAUCACUGGUGGUCGUUCCCUUGGGAUGUAGAUAAAUCAGCACAGAACUACAACACCAGAGCCUUGUCUGGUCUGUCUGAGGUGAAGCACCAUCUCCUGCUUUGGUCCACAAUGAGAAAUGCUCACUCAUUUCCAGAGCUUAGCACCCUUCACUUUGCUACUAAUGCAUUUUUUAGUAGAUGGGGCAAACCUGGCCUUGAAUUGAACUUUCUGAGUGCUGCUGACAUUCACAAGGUGGUUUUAAGCUGUGUGGCUAUUUGUUCCCCUCAGACAUUAUAACCUGGGAAAAGAUGGUCUUUAUUUUUUUAUAUUAAAAAAUAAUAAAAUCAAAAGAAAUGCCUGCUUUA